AUGGUCGUGGACAUGGGUGCCGGCGCCCUGCAUAUCAGGCCACUACCACCAGUUGCAACGCCUAGUGGCGUAUCCCACCAUGCAGAUCUCUUGAAAGAGCAUCAUGCAAGUCAUACCGAGACCCAGGAACUUCCCGAUGCGACAGGUGAAGAGCCAGCACCAUCCCAGGAAGAAGGCGCCGGGCCUGAGUACGUCGACACCGACGACGAAGAUGAUAUCUAUCGGCUUGUCAUCAAUCCCGAGAAGCCUCGGAAAAUCAGUGAGAAGAAGCGCCAGGACUCUGCUGCCCUGAAAGAGUGGGUGAGCCAGAACCAGCGCGAAGUCACCAGGUCUUCUGCUGCUGCUCUCAACGACCCCAAUUAUCAGUCGGUCGCGCACCUCAUCAAGACGAGCGAGAGCAGAAAGAUCAUCGCUACACCUCGAGAGUAUCAGAUCGAGCUCUUUGAGCGGGCCAAGCAGAAGAACACCAUCGUGGUCCUGCCCACUGGUACUGGCAAAACACUCAUCGCCGCGUUGCUUCUUCGACAUUACCUCGAGCAAGAAGUGGAAGAUCGAGCUAUCGGAAAGCCCAAGAAGGUCGCCUUCUUCCUGGUCGAAAAGGUUGCCCUCUGCUACCAACAAUAUGCCGUCCUCAACUGCAACCUCGGCGAGCACCCCAUCACCAAGUUCUGGGGCAACAUGAAGGGCAUGGUGAAGAAGAAGCAGUACUGGGAUCAACAGUUUAGUGAGAACAUGGUUGUUGUCUGUACGGCCCAGAUCUUGGUGGACUGCCUUCUUGAUGGGUUCAUCAAGAUGUCGCAGAUCAACCUCCUCAUCUUUGACGAGGCGCAUCAUGCCAAAAAGGAUCACGCCUAUGCCCGCAUCAUGAGAAAUCACUACAUUCGCUACCAGGGGGAGCGACCAAGAAUUCUCGGUAUGACUGCUUCGCCUGUCGACUCGCAGACAAAGGACGUGAAAGCAGCUGCCCUCGAGCUGGAAACCUUUCUUUGCAGCGAGAUUGCUACUGUUUCCAACGAAGUGUUGAUGGAAGCCAUGUGCCAACAAAAGCAAGUCGAAGAGCGAGUCAACUACGAGUCACUGGAGUUUCCAGAAGACGCAAAGACGCAGCUGUGGGACUUGAUAUGGGCCCAAGUCCUCCGUAAUUCACAGUUCAAGGUAUCACUCGAAUUCACCAAGGAAGCUGCAUCAACACUUGGCAGCUGGUGUGCCGAUCGAUACUGGAUCCUUCUUCUCACUGACAAUGAGACCAAACGGCUUGUGGCCAGGACUGAUCGCGACUUUUCUAGGGACUUUGCGACAAACCAGGCAGACCACGCGACAGAGGCCGUUCGACGUGUCCGAGAUAUUGUCAAGAAGCGUGAACUCCCCCCGAUUGAGCCAUCCUCACCUGAGCUAUCUCCAAAGAUGAAGAAGCUACACGAAAUCUUGUUGCACGCCUUCACGCGAGACGGCACCAAAAGGUGCAUUGUGUUUGUUGAGAAGAGACACACGGCUUGGCUUCUUUCAGACCUGUAUCAGCAGCAAGGAAUGAGGAUUCCAGGAAUGGUCGCCUACUACAUGAUUGGUUCCCAAUCAGCUUCAUCAACCCACAGCAACAUGUCACAUCGCGAUCAAGUCGUGACUCUUCAAAAGUUCAAGCGAGGCAGCAUCAACUGUCUCUUUGCGACUACUGUUGCCGAGGAGGGCAUCGACGUUCCGGACUGCGACCUUGUGAUCCGUUUCGACCUCUACAACUCAGUCAUCCAGUAUCUACAGUCCAAAGGGCGGGCAAGACAGUCAAACUCGAGAUACAUCACCAUGCUGGAGGAAGGCAAUAUGGGACAGCUCAGAAGCCUGAAGCAGGCCGAGAGAGACUCUACAGCAUUACAAAAGUUCUGUUUAUCCCUUCCUGCCGAUAGAAAGCUGGAAGACGAUGUAGUGGACGCGGUUCAAGAUGAACUGCUGGUCCAGAAAGUGUACGAGAUACCUUCGACCGGGGCUCGACUUACCUUUGCUCACAGCAUGGAAGUCCUCUCCAAGUAUGCUGCAUCUAUCACGCCAGGAAUUUCCUCCAAGGUUGAAUUCACAGUCACCAAGCUUGGCCCAAAGUUCAUUGCCGAUGUCAUCCUCCCAGAUGCCUCGCCCCUCAAGGCAAUGUCGGGGUUUCCGCAGCGAAGCAAGCUAUUGGCUAAAUACUCUGCGUCUUUUGAAGCUUGUGUAAAGCUGAUCAAGGACAAACACAUCGACGGACAUCUUCAGCCCACUCUGAGCAAGACGAUCCCCAGGAUGCGGAACGCUCGACUUGCUGUGAGCUCCAACAAGAAAGCCGAGUACCCCAUGCGACUUAGACCCGAUGUUUGGAAGUCGCUUGGGGACUGCAAGGAGCUCUUUGCGACAGUCAUUACGCUUGACAAUCCAGGGGCUCUUGGAGAAGACCUUCUUAGUCGACCACUAAUGCUUCUUUCGCGAAAGAAGCUUCCAGAGCUCCCAGGAGUUCCCCUGUUCUUUGGGAAUGGGCGCUCGUCUGUGGCCAAACUGACAGUUUCCGAAGAGCCUCUGAAGCUAGCUGCCGAGGAGAUUGACUCACUCACCAGAUUUACCCUCAAGGUCUUUUCUGACGUGUUCAGUAAAGAAUAUGAUGCCAACGCCGACCAGCUCCCUUACUUUCUAGCUCCUUGUAAGGAUGGCCACAGCUCGGUUUCCCAAGCCGUUGACUGGAGUAUUGUCGAAGCCACCAAGAACGACAGCCUCCCCUGGGAGAAUGCACCGAAAGAGUUCUUUGUAAACAAGUUUGUCACCGACCCCUACGACGGAGGACGCAAACUUGUCAUCAAGGGAAUUGACGAGUCGAAGAGGCCUUCUGAUCCCACGCCCAAAGGAGUGCCAGAGUCGAGAAGUCGAUCGUAUCGUCAGGUGGAGCCCACGAUCAAGGAGUACAGCAACAGUCUCUACUACAACACUCGUCUCAAGGUCAAGUGGAGAGAGGAUCAACCUGUUGUCAAGGCACAGCUACUGUCGCUCCGACGAAACUACUUGGACGAGUUCCAAGUCGAUGAAGAGGUCAACAAUGAUUGCUUUGUGAUCUUGGAGCCUCUUAGAGUCUCGCCGAUCCCUCUCGACGUAGCCUUUAUGGUCAUGGCGUUUCCAGCCAUCAUCCAUCGCAUCGAUUCCGCCCUCAUCACCCUUGAUGCUUGUGCCAUGCUGGAUCUCCCCAUCCCACCUGUCCUGGCUCUCGAAGCUAUGACAAAGGACAGCGACAAUUCAGGGGAGCACGAUGAAGAGCAGGUCAACUUCCAGCCUGGCAUGGGCAACAACUACGAACGACUAGAAUUCCUAGGCGACUCAUUUUUGAAGAUGGCCACAACUAUUUCUCUCUUUACUCUCAUUCCUGAGAGCGACGAAUGCGGAUAUCACGUUGAGCGCAUGAUUCUAAUCUGCAACCAGAAUCUAUUCAACAACGCUGUUGACCGCAAGCUCCACGAGUACAUCCGAUCUAAGGCGUUUGACAGACGUACAUGGUACCCUGAUCUCCCACUGAAGAAGGGAAAGGCACCAAAGACGGAGAUGCGACACAAUCUGGCCGACAAGUCCAUCGCCGACGUCUGCGAAGCGCUCAUCGGAGCUGCUUACCUCUCUGGCAAAGGGGGCAGCAUGGACUUGGCGGUCAAGGCCGUCACCCGUAUGGUCAAGAGCAAAAACCACAAGAUGGAGAAAUUUGAGGAUUACUUUGCCGCCUUCAAGAUUCCAGCCUGGCAACAGGCCGACGCCAACGUCAACCAGCGCCGUCUGGUCGACUGUGUAGCUGAUGCCGUUGGAUACCGCUUCAAAUGGCCAGCACUUCUCCGGAGUGCAUUCAAGCAUCCUUCUUGGCCGUAUGAUUCCGUGCCAAACUACCAACGCCUCGAGUUUCUAGGCGAUGCCCUGCUGGACAUGGCCAUUGUCGAUAACCUGUUCCAGCGGUUCCCUCAGGCGGACCCUCAAUGGCUCACUGAGCACAAGAUGGCCAUGGCCUCGAACCAGUUCCUUGGGUGUCUCUGCGUGAAGCUCGACCUGCACAAACACCUUACAUCUACUACAUCCUCAUUGAUCGGGCAGAUAAGUUCGUAUGCGAGUGAGCUUGAGCUGGCCGAAGAAGACGCGCGUCAAGAAGCCAAGGCAAACAAGACUGCCAUGCGCAAAGAUUUCUGGCUCAGGGCAUCUGCGCCGCCCAAGGCCUUUGCGGAUGUCAUGGAGGCUCUCGUCGGUGCCAUGUUUGUCGACGCCAACUACGACUACACGGUUGUCCGCAACUUCUUUACACGCUUCAUCGAGCCGUACUUUGAGGACAUGGCACUAUAUGAUUCAUUUGCUAACAAGCAUCCUGUCACGUAUCUGUCCAAGAAGAUGCAGCAAGAUUUGGGCUGCACCAACUGGCGUGUCAGCGCGGAGAAUGUUCCUUGCGGUGUGGAGGAGGGUAUCGCUGCCCUGACAGAGAGCGACGUGGUGGCUGUAUUUAUGGUACACCAGAAGGUCAUUGCCAACGCGACGGCCAAGAGUGGACGUUACGCCAAGAUUGCUGUGGCGAAGCGGGCUCUCGCGAUGCUUGAUGAGCAUGAGGGCGACUUUGAGACGAUGAAGCGUGCUCUAGGAUGCGAUUGUAAGCCUGGGGCAGUGCAAGAUGAUGUUAAUGAUCAUGGAACAGCAAUCUAG